AUGGCUCAGGAAUCUAGUCGGAAUGGGAAAAGUACCUUCAUCGUAGCCUUUCUUGCCUUCAUAUUUGGAAUGAGUUUCGGGUCCAUGCGGAAUGUCAACAAAUCAUUUUUCGACGUUCCAAUGAUGGAGGGGUAUUUUCCAACAACAGUAUCCUCAGUGACGGAAGUCAAUGAUGACGAUAUCUCAUUCAAUCAAACAAUGACAGACGAUGAUAUGGUUAAUAUUCUGUACACUCUAUCUGGAAAUGAUCCUGGCUUCCUUUCCGAAUUCAGCACUUCACUCAAGUCGGUUCUCAUGAAUAGCCCACUCGAUAAGGACCUGACAAUACACUUAGUCUCCGAUGAGAAGGCCCACGCUGGGAUUCAAAAUAUUCUAUAUGGAGAAGAAAGUGGUUUGAACGAGAUAAUAUCACGUAAUCAAAUCAACAUUCGGACGUACAAUGUUCAGAAGUAUAUUAAACUUUGGCAAGUUCUGAUUCGCACCAAAACAAACAGUACGGUCAAUCAAGUACAUACCAUGGGAACCUACUUUCGAUUAUUCGCCCACGAAAUAUUGCCAAAAGACGUCGAACACAUAAUAUACAUGGACACCGACAUUGCCAUCAUGUCCAACCUGGAACAAGUGUGGAGGCUACGUGACGAUACUGUUCUAUUCCAAUGGGGCCGUUUGCGUUGUGCUGGCUUCUUGCUGAUCAAUCUUCCAAAGUUUGGGGCAAGGUUUUGGGAUCUAGUCACACGCAUCGAAAAAGAGCACAGCUUACAAAAAGUGUCGAAAACCAAGACAACAAACGAUCAAUUGCUGCUUCAGGCCGUCCAGAAGAUCUAUCCCGAUCAAAUUGGAAGGUUGCCACCCGAUUGGGAUAUUCAUGUUGGAAGUGGUGUAUACGCAUGGAAAACACGAGACAAAGUUCUAAGAGAAAGACCGAGAGCAGGAUUUAUACACCUGAAUGGUGGAAGCCAUUCCAAGGCAUCGGCUUUUGACGAAAAUAUUCUCGUGACGGGCGCGAAAUUCAAUCGCACUUGGUUGGUGGCACAAUAUUAUGCAACCUAUCCAUGGCAAUGGGCGAAGUUCAAUCUAGAGAGUCAAGCAAUAGAUGGCAAAGGGGUGCCAAUUGACAUUGAAUACUCACCAAUAUGA